GAUUUGAAGCCCUGGUGCCAGUCCUGCCUCACCAACCACAACUGGUCUGAAAAUUGGCCUCCUGGACACAAGACAGGGGAAAGUAUCCUAGGCGAGGUGGUUGUAUUACUUUACUGCUCCAGUAACAGCAGGCUUGUCUACCCCAUUUGAACUUCAGUGUGAAUAGACCUUUAAACCUUUUCACUUUCCUACUUAUUCUCUUUACUGGACUAACUGAAGACAGAGGAAUAUCUCCCAUUAAGAUCAUCAGUGUUUAGUCACUCUCAGAAACGGAGGAGCAAUCUCUGACGAGGACGAGGCUCUCUUGGUGAGUUCUUGGUGAGAAUUUAAAGGAAGACGGUCAGUAUUUGAUGUAAAUAUUUCUCAGGUAGCAGUUGUUUCAUAUCUCAGGUGGCAUGUGCUGGACUGUCAUCUGGUUGUGCCUGUCCCUGGGUGUGUGUGUACGUCGAUCUCAUGCCUCGCCCCCUCAGCAUCGUGGUUGGCUACGUCUGUGGGAGGAAGGCGAGACCUGUGAUGUGUGUCAGAAGCACCUGUGCCCUCCGGCGCCCCCUGCCUGCCCGGCUGGCCUGGUAAGGGACGUCUGCGGCUGUUGUGAGCAGUGUGCCAACGCCGAAGGCCAGCUCUGUGACCCUGAUGGAGCGCAGGAGUUUUACGGCCAUUGCGGAGAGGGACUGCACUGCCGGAGACCCCCGAGACAGAAGAGGCGGCGCCCCAAGGAUGGUGAUGACGACAUCAGUCCAGAGCCCAAGUGUGUGUGCCGGUCCACAAGCUCCGUGUGUGGGUCAGAUGGGCACACAUACCUCAACCCCUGCCAGCUGACGGAGGAGGCCAGCAGACAGGGGAAGGAGCUGAGAGUCACUGGGGCUGGACCCUGCCACUCAGGUAAGAACCUACUGUUCCGGUUAAGGUGGAGUAAACUGCAGUUGUGA